AAUUUUCAUGACAGUUCCGUUCUGGAUGCGAUCAAUAAAACGAAAGUAGACUGCCUAUUUGUUAUAAACCCAUUUUGCUGUGUUUGGUCAGGUUUUCAUGAUGGCAGAUGAAAAUGACAUUGAUGACUCCUUGUACAGUCGUCAGCGAUAUGUUCUUGGCGAUGGAGCCAUGCAAAGAAUGGCAAAAUCCUCUGUACUUUUGUACGGUGUGGGAGGACUUGGUAUUGAGAUUGCAAAGAACAUUGUGCUGGCUGGAGUAAAGAGUGUGACUGUUCAAGACCCAUUGGCGGCCACCCUGCUGGAUCUCGGUACCCAGUUUUUCCUGAGGGAGGGGGAUGUACAGGGAACCAUAAACAGGGCUGAAGCUUGCACCCCACGGCUCACAGAACUGAAUCCUUAUGUGUCCAUCAAAGCACUGAAGAAUGACUUAAACGAUAGUACAGAUCUGGAAUAUCUGAAACAAUUUCAGUGUGUUAUACUGACGGAGGCUCCACUGACUGUGCAGCUGAAGGUGAACGACUUCUGCAGAAACAAUGGCAUAAAGUUCAUUAGUGCUGAUGUAUAUGGGGUGUUUGCUGGAGCUUUCUGUGAUUUUGGUGACCAUUUUGAUGUUUUCGACCCAAACGGCGAAGAACCAAAAGAAGUAUUUAUAGAAGAUAUAACAAAGGCCAGCCCAGGGCUUGUUACAACACUUGAACAACGUCUGCAUGGGUUUGAGACCGAUGAUGUGGUCACUUUCAAGGAGGUUGGAGGCAUGACUGCCCUAAAUGGGAAGCAGUGCAAUAUUAAAGUUGUGUCUCCCACAAGCUUCAGCAUCUGUGACACAUCGGGGGCUGAGUUUGGAGAGUUCACAGGUGGGGGUCUGGCUGUACAGGUGAAGAUGGGCCGGACAGUACACUUUGAAAGCCUGGAAGAGCAGCUGAAAAAGCCUGACAUUUUGGUGUCUGACUUCAGCAAGUCUCAGGUCCCAGGUUCCAUACAUGCUGGAUUUAAGGCUCUGCACAAAUUCAGGGAAACAUUUGGAAGGUUGCCAGGUGUCUGGGAAGAAGAAGAUGCAACUAAGUUAGCUGCAAUCAUAGCUGGAAUGAAGGAGGAGGGCCAGGUGGAACAGAUGGGGGAUAUUCUUACCCGUGUGACGGAGCUCCUCUCCUUCACCUGUAGGGGCUGCUUCCUGCCCCUCUGUGCGACCCUGGGAGGAGUGGUCGCCCAGGAAGCCAUCAAGGCCAUCACCGGCAAGUUCACACCCCUCAAACAGUGGCUGUUCCUAGAUGCUAUGGAAACAGUUCACCAGAAAGAAAACAGGCUUGACUACCAACCAAGAGGUGACCGGUAUGACCAGCUGAGGAUCUGUGUUGGAGAUGGAGUGGUCAAGCAGUUGCAGAAGCUCAAAUUGUUCAUGGUGGGUUGUGGAGCAAUUGGCUGUGAGAUGCUCAAGAACUACGCCAUGAUGGGCAUUGCUACUGCAGAACCAGGCGAGAUAACAAUCACCGACAACGACCUCAUUGAGAAGUCAAACCUCAAUAGACAAUUCCUGUUCCGACCUCAUCAUAUACGGAAGCCAAAGAGUACAACUGCUGCUGAAACUGUCAAAGAAAUUAAUCCAGAUGUUUGCAUUGUUGCCCAGCAACACAAGGUGUGCGUUCAGACGGAGAAGACAGUCUACACAGACGCAUUCUUUGAGAAGCAUGACCUCAUUGUGAACGCCCUUGACAAUGUGGAGGCGCGUAGAUAUGUGGACAGUCGCUGUGUUACCUCUCGAAGAAGUCUCUUGGAGUCUGGAACCAUGGCAACCAAAGGUCACACCCAGGUGAUUGUGGCCCACCUCACAGAGUCCUACACCACACAGAGGGACCCGCCAGAUGAGCAGGUUCCAUACUGCACCCUCAAGUCGUUCCCCAGGAACAUAGAGCACUGCAUACAAUGGGCCAGGGACAAAUUUGAGAGUUCCUUUGCCAUGAAGCCCAGCAUGUUCAACAAGUUCUGGGAGGCGCACAAGGACCCUGAGGCCAUUAUACAGAGUCUGUUGAACAGCGAGCCUGCAGAUGGUGCUAUUGGUACCGGCAAACUCGUGAAGAUGAGACCCUACGAAUGGCUGCAAUGUGUGGAAAUAGGGCGGCUGAAGUUUCAGAAAUAUUUCAACCAUAGGGCAAAGAAUCUGCUACACAUGUUUCCAGUUGGUCAUACAAUGGCUGAUGGCACCCUUUUCUGGCAGGCCCCAAAGAGACCUCCAAGCCCCAUCGAGUUCAGCGCUGAAAAUGAACUCCACCUACAGUUUGUUGUGGCCACUGCCCAGUUGUAUGCAGCCAUCUACGGGGUCACCAUGCCGUCCCCUGUGGACAUUGUAGAGGUCAAGAAGAUUGUGGCAGGGGUCAAAGUGCCACCAUUUGUCCCCUCUAGCAAGAGGAUUGAGAUGGAUGAGACAAAGAAGAGUAGCGAUGCAGGGGAGACAAUCUCGUCAGACGAGCUUCAGACAGCUGCCCAGAUAAUACGCACAGCACUGACGCAGGCCAAGGACAAAUCCAAAGUAUUACUCAAAAUGGUGCCAGCUGAUUUUGAAAAAGAUGAUGACACAAAUGGACACAUUGACUUCAUAGCAGCUGCAGCGAAUCUGCGUGCAGAGAUGUAUCACAUUGAGGGGUCUGACAGAUUGAGAAUCAAGCGUAUCGCUGGUAAAAUUGUGCCUGCAAUCGCAACCACAACUGCUGCAGUAUCAGGACUGAUCAGCAUAGAGCUGGUGAAGGUGGUGCUUGGACUGCCAAUAGACAAGUAUCGCAACUGUUUCCUCAACCUCGCCCUGCCCAUGUUCCUUCUCUCGGAGCCAGGACCAGCUACAAAAACUGUCAUCAAAGAAGGUCUGUCCUACACCAGCUGGGAUAUAUGGGAGGUGCAGGGAAAUCGGAACUUCACUCUUCAAGACUUCAUGGACACACUCAAGGUGAAGAUGGGGAACGCAGUGAACUUUGUUGGACAGGGAACAAAGGGAGUGUAUAUGGGCUUCAUGCCAACACACAAUAAACGUCUCACUGAAAAGAUGAGCAAGCUAUUGAAGCACACUGAGGGUCAGAAGUAUGAUGACCUUGUGGUGUCAUUUGAGUCCACAAUGGAUGACGAGGACAUCGGGGGGCCUCCUAUACGAUACUUCUUCAAUCUGUGAUAAUUAGAAAACUGUCGUUGAACCAAAGAAGUUUUCUUUUUUUAUUUGAGCCUCACCCUGGGGAAAUAAUGCUUAAUGUAUGUGAGUAAAGUGUCCUCCCUGAUAAGCCUGUGCAGUCAACACAGGCUUAUCAGGGACAACACUUAAGGCUUAAACUAUAUUUCACCUACAAAGGGACUUCCUAUGGGCGAAAAACAAAAUAAGAGGGAAACGUGGCUCAUUUUAUUUAUGUAUUAGUGUUAUAAUAUUUAAAGUACAUGUACUUUGAUAUAAAAACAAAUAAUUAAAGAAAAUUUUGUGAAACUAUUUUAUGUAAAGGUGUAAUAAAAUUAUGUGAACUUUCUGGAAAACAUUUAAAACUGAAGAAGGAUUUGGGCUUAAUAUUGAUUGAUAUGUGUAACAAAAUUAUUGUUUCUUUGCUUCAAAUUACUUUCUUAUAGUAUAGACUACAUUUUUUGUGAAGAAAAUGUUAAUGUUGCAUACAGGGGAUCUGCCGCUGAUUGUCAACAAAAGAUAACAAAUCAUAAAUUUAAACAUUGAUGGCAAGCAAUGAAUUUGAAUUCUCUCAUGCUGAUUUUUAUGCCCCUGGAUCAAAAGAUUGGGGGUAUAUUGUUUUUGGCCUGUCUGUCAUUGUGUCAGUCAGUCAUUGUAUGUGUGUGUCACAAAACUUUAACCUUGGUUAAACUUUUAUAACUUUUGCAAUAUUGAAGAUAGCAACUUCAUAUUUGGCAUGCAUGUGUAUCUCAUGGAGCUGCACAUUUUGAGUGGUGAAAAGUCAAGGUCAAGGUCAUCCUUCAAGCUCAAAGGUCAAAUAUAAUUGUAUUUUUCGUUCCUAAAACUUUAACCUUCGUUAAAGUUUGGUCAUAACUUUUUGAAUAUAGAAGAUAGCAACUUGAUAUUUUGCAUGCAUGUAUCUCAUAGAGCUGCACAUUUUGAGUGGCUAAAAGUCAAGUUCAAGGUCAUCGUUCAAGGUCAAAGGUCAAAUUUAUGGCUUCAAAGCGGCGCAAUAGGGGGCAUUGUGUUUCUGACAAACACAUAUCUUGUUUGCGUAAUUCUUUGAGACAGCUGAACUUAUGUCAUGUCUGUUUCUUCAUUUGCGAUUUCGUAGUUAUUUAUUAUGCGUAUAAAAAUAAGAUGGAUUUAGAUUAGACAAAUAUUUUCUAUUGUUAUGUUUUUAGAAAGUUUCUGUAUACCAGUACAUUCUAUUUAGCCACAUUCUGGGAAAACGGGACUUAAUGCAUGUACGUAAAGUACUGUCCUAGAUUAGCCUGUGUAUUCUACACAGGCUGAAUAGGGAGAUACUUAACGCUUUCAUGGAAUAAAAAAUGUUUAAAAGGAAGUCUUUUCUAAAUAAAAAUCUAGUUGACACGGAAAUGGUCGUCCCUGUUAGGCCUGUGCAGAUUGGACAGGCUAAUCUAGUUGACACGGAAAUGGUCGUCCCUGUUAGGCCUGUGCAGAUUGGACAGGCUAAUCUGGGAUGAUAUUUAAUGCAUAUGCAUUAAGUCAGGUUUUCUCAGAGACUGGCCUAUUCUAUUUAAUAGUAUGUUUUUAUAAUAAUCAGUGUAUGAAAUAUUAUGAAUGAUUUGGUCAAAUUGUCAAAUUAUGGACGUAUUUUGAAUGCUUUUAUGCCUUACACAAGGGAAGCUGUUCAGCUGACUGAUUCUUGUGUCUGGCAUUGUGGUUCAGUGUCCUUUAUACAAAGUUAAACCACAAGGCUUAUAAUGUUAGGUUUAUGAUCAGCGUUUCUUAACCAUUUACCACUUAGAUACGUUUUUUGACGCAUUUGUAGUCAAACAUAUAAAGUUAAAUUUGAUUAAAUACCUUUCUUACUAAAUUCAAGUUUUAAAGGCUUCAUUUCCGACACUUAGUUAUUGACUGAGCAGCAAACAGCAUAAAACCUGGACAGACUGCGAGUUACGGUAUUUGCAGGCUGUUCUGGUUUUAUGCUGAUUACAAAGCCAUUUUCACUUUGCUUCUUAUGUGUAAAAGGUUAAAAGCCUCCUUCUCGGUAAACAGGGCGUAAUGCACGUGCAUUAAGUGUCUACUCAGUUAAGCCUUUGCAUUAGGCUCAUCAGGGACCACAACACUUUUAUGGAAUUUUUCAUCUAAAGAAAGUCUAUUCUAAACGAAAAUUCAGUCUAUUCUAAACGAAAAUUCAGUGUCUAUUCUAAACGAAAAUUCAGUGUCUAUUCUAAACGAAAAUUCAGUGUCUAUUCUAAACGAAAAUUCAGUGUAGGCGGAAUGUGGCAUAUCAGAUUAGCCUAUAUAAACUGCACAUGCUAGUCAAGGGCAACACUUUACACACACACAUGCGUUAAGCCCUGUUUUCCCAGAAUGCUGAUCAAACAACAUCUGUCCUACUUGAAUCAGCUUAAUAAUGCUUGAUUGGUCAUUGUCAGCUUGGGUACUACUUAUGUACCCCUAGUACAGAAAAUAUACUAACACAUAGCUGGCCAAUUUAGACAGUACCCGAGUUUUAUUCCAGACCAAAAUCUGCUGUCGUAAAACGCUACGGAAUAUGAAACAAAAUUCUCUUUGAAACAAAAACUUAAUCAAAAUGAUUUUUUGAGCAGGUGUUAUUAUAGAUGCCAUUUAACAGAAUAUGGACAUAAAUAUGAACAUAAUUAAAUUUAAAAAACAUAGCUGACAACGACCAUUUUAGUGUAAAAAUUCUUGGGUAUGUUUCAGUAUAUUUUCCGUACCUGUGGUACAUUUAAGUAUACUUGAGAGUACCCGGGGUACAUUGAAGUAUUACCCGAGCUGAGAAUGACCAAUUGAGCAUUAUAAAUGUAAUUUAAUGAAUUAAGCAUUUACUAAUUUUGCAAUUGUUAUAAGAAUUAAUUUGUUGUUUUUAUAUAAAAUGCUCACUUUCUAAUAUAUUACUGUUGUAUGGAAAUGGGCACUUUUUUCGUAUAUAGACCUUAUUGUAAGAUUUAUUUUUGUAUAUCACAUUGUUUAAUACAUGUAGACUCUCUGGCCAA